GGGACCGGACCGGACCCGCGUGGCCCCACCGGCCGUGCUGCAGCGCGCGCGGACCGUGGCGGCGGCGGCGGGGGGCGUCCCGCUGCCCACCCCGCAUGGCGGGGCACGAGUGGGACUGGUUCCAGCGCGAGGAGCUGAUCGGGCAGAUCAGCGACAUCCGAGUGCAGAACCUGCAAGUGGAAAGAAAAAAUGUGCAGAAGAGAACCUUCACCAGGUGGAUAAAUCUACAUUUGGGAAAGCGCAAUCCUCCUCUGAAAGUGAGAGACCUGUUUGUUGAUAUUCAGGAUGGGAAAAUCUUGAUGGCUUUAUUGGAGGUCCUGUCAGGACAAAAACUGAUGCAUGAAUACAAAUCCUCCACCCAUCGUAUUUUUCGGUUGAAUAAUAUAGCCAAAUCACUUAAGUUUCUGGAGGACAGUAAUGUAAAACUGGUUAGCAUCGAUGCAGCAGAAAUAGCGGAUGGAAAUUCAUCUCUGGUACUGGGGCUAAUAUGGAAUAUAAUCUUGUUCUUUCAGAUUAAGGAACUUACAGGAAACCUCAAUAGGAACUCGUCCUCUUCCAGCCUGUCAUCAGGGCCCAGCGGAGCUGACUCAGACACCUCUUACCCUAGCACUCCAAACGUAGAGAGGAGCAUGUCUGUUACAGUGAAGGAUCAGCGAAAAACAAUCAGAGCCCUUUUGACCUGGGUUCAGAGAAAAACACGAAAAUAUGGCGUUGCAGUUCAGGACUUCGCCAGCAGUUGGCGGAGUGGCCUUGCUUUCUUAGCUGUAAUAAAAGCAAUCGAUUCCACCUUGGUAGAUAUAAAACAAGCUUUGGAGAAAUCAGCCAGGGAAAACUUAGAGGAUGCUUUCAGCAUAGCACAAAAUGUGCUUGGUGUUCCUAGACUUCUGGAACCAGAAGAUAUAAUGGUUGAGUCACCUGAUGAACAAUCAAUCAUGACAUAUGUGGCACAAUUUCUGGAGCAUUUCCCAGAGCUAGAAGGGGAAGAUUUUUUAGAUCUUGAGAAGGAAUUACCCAUUGAAUCGAGAUAUGUCCACAUUAAAGACACUCCUUCAGAACAGGAAGGCAAGAUUUUGAUUUUGAAUGAAAAUGGAGAGCAUGCAUGUACAGUUAACCAUGAAAGGAGCCAGCCUCCUCCUCUAAAGGUUUGUGUCCAUGAUUUGCUGGAGGAAAUACAACCAGAAAUUGCAAAUGAAGAACUUAAUGACAAACCAAAUCCACCAAUAUCGGAUAACUCACAGAGGGCCCCUGAAGAGUCCUCAGUAUUGGCCUCUGGAGAGGUACCUCAGAGGCCUACCUCUUUGCCGAUCACGGAUUCUGUCAGUUUUGACCCCAUUUCUUCCUGGGAAGUUCUUAGUGAUAAAUUGAAUCCAAAUGAAGAGGGCACGUACAAUGAUGCACUGAAACAGAACAACAGUCUUUUGGAUGUUCAGAAAAAUGCAGCUGAUUCUUUUGAAGACUAUUCUAAACAGUUGACUAGAAAGGCAAAUGAAGCUAAGACCUCACCAGCUAACAAAAUUAAAGAAAGUUGUUCUUUCAACCUAUCAUCUCAGACUUCAGAUACACUUACAAAUGAACCAAAAAAACUAAAAGGAGACAUGGAACCCCAAAAUGAGACUCUUCUAGAGGAAAAUGCCUUCAAAGAAGAAGAUACGCAGCAUGUUUUGAAUCUACUCAGUGAAGAAAUACCAACAUUUCCAGAAGCACAUGAACAUUCAGAACAAUCACCUGUUCUUCAGGGAGCACAAGUUAUCCAGCAUUUAUCCAAAGAUUCAAAUUUCAAAGGCCAGCUAGAAAUAUCUGCAUCUGGCAAAUGUGGAAAACCAGCCCCACUGGUGAGUAAAGUUCCUGGAAAUCUAGAUAAUCUUAGUGAAGGCGGAUCUGAAGCUAAAAUAUCACCAAGUUCUUCAAAAGUUUCUGUAAUUCCUCAUGAUCUUUUCUAUUAUCCACAUUACAAUGUUCCUAUAUCAGCAGUUUUAGAAGCUUUUGUUGAGCCUUGUCUUGAUCCUAAAGCUUCUAAAAACCAUGUUUAUUCUGAGCUUUUAACAAAUUCUUUGCAUGAGAAUAAGGAACAGGAUGCACUGAAGCCAGGUCUGCAAAGCAACAUGGAUGUCUCUGCAACAGAAAUGGAUUCUGAAGACAUGCAGAAGGACAAAAUGGAUCGUAAUAGUUGCCCUGAGUUCUCCUAUGAAAAUGUAGAGGUUACUCUAGUAGAAAAGAAAAUAGAAGUUGAAGAAGAUGGCAACGAAUCCACAAGCCCUCAAGAAACAGUUCCAGAAAAUCCUGAGUUCACUGUAGACCAAUUGGAAGAUAUAUCAACAACAGUGAUGAAACCAGAAAAAAACAGUAAAAGGAAGGAAAAGAAGAAGAAUGUUGUUCAAGCAGAAAGCUUUCAAACCUUAAAACCUGGGAUUACUCCGUUACUAGAUAAAUUAGAAGAAAUCAUUGAUUAUCAAGAAUUUUCCAGAACAAGCUGCAAUGAUUCCAGUGUUUACCUCCGAAAACAUAUUCCUAAUUCUACUGAAAAGGAACUUGUUAGCCAACAUGAAGAGAAGAACACAGAUUCAGGAGAAAGCACAGAUCUGGUUAUCAGGAAGAAGAAAGACUUAGAGUCAAACAAGCCUCUGGAGACUGCGGGUCCACCUCCGAAUUCUGUGUGUGUAGACCAACCUGAGUUGUUUUACUUCAUUGUUUUCCUCUGGGUGCUGGUCUACUGCCUGCUGCUCCUUCCACAGCUUGUUAGCAACAAACGUUGAUCUCUGUGAGUGAAUAAUAAAAGACAGUGGCUCGAUUUUUUUUUUUUUGGUGUAUGUGCAUAUAAAUCAGUUCCUUCAGGUGAAGCACAAACAAAUGUAUAUUCAAACAAACCUGAAUUUGUAGCUCCUACACAGAUUAUUCCUAACUCUGUUAGUGUUGUGCUAUUACAACGUCUUAGCACAUUUUAUAUUGUGACAUUGUGUACAUAUACAUAUAAAUAUAUAUAUAUAUGUAAGAAAAUGGCUUGAUUUAAUAUACACAAUUUUUGUACAUUUGUGCCUUGCUUUAUAAACGCUAAAUAAAAUUGAUAAUUAUUAGAAACAUGGAUGAUUUAGAGCUCCACUCUUCAAAAAUGUUUUUUCUUGCUGCACUUAUUUAUCUUUGGCCCUAGAGCUGUUGAAAGAGGGGUAAUGUUUGACUUCCACAUAAAAGUGGGUCAUCUACACAUGCUAUUAAUGUGAUUGAAUGAACUCCAGUGCAUUUCACGCCAGGUGCCACAUUUAUACAUGCACGUGGGACUGCAGCACAUUGAGCUGGGUCAGAGCAGCCCCAGCUGGCAGGUGACUUGGGGGUCAGCCUGCCAGCCCAGGGCUGCUCUGACCUGGCUCAACAUGCUGCAGUGGGGCCGGUUGGGGCACAAAGGUGCUCCCAUGUGGAGGUAGCUGGCAGGGAGCCCCCACACUGAAGCAACCUUGUGCACCAGCCAGCCCUUUCAGCAUCUGCACAUGUGUUGUGGUGCACUCAGUAAUGCCACCAUGGAAUAGUACUUAUGUUGAAAAAUACUAAACUGGCAGUGUUUAUUAUUUUACUGCAACCUAAUAGGACUGCACAUAUAGACACUGAGACUUUACUAUGGAGCUGAUUGGGCAACUCCACAGUAAAUGUCUUAUGUAGGUGCAUCCAGGCAGAGCUUGAAAUAAGUUUGCAUUCACAGUUCCAGUGGAUAUCCUUUGGUAACAGAAACCUAACUUUUCUCCAUCAUGUGUUUUGUUAUUAACCAAAUGGGCUUUCUCAAACAUAGUAGACUAGGGGCUGCACUUGCUUACCCUGUCAACUUUGGUGUAUUUCUAAUAUGAAUUCACUUUAGUGGGUCAACACCGUGGUUGAUGAAAGCUAACCCAUGGUAGCUGUUCUAACCCUUUAUUCACUUCUUUAUCCUUUAUUGAUCAGUCUCAAUCAGUUGCAUCUGUGAACUGCACUAAUUAGGCCAUGUGAAGUGUUCUGUCUUUAAACGUGCCAAAAAUUUGAGGAAACCCAGCUUGUCACCUGUCGUGGUGGCAACGUAACAUAAAAUGAUUGCUAGCAUCCUUUCUUUAAGAUCAGUGGAAGAAAACUACUACUGUGGAACUGGAUCUGGAGAAGUGUUUGCAGUUUCUGUUUCUUCUGGCUUUUAAGAAAUCUUAAAUGUAAAUGAAUGGACUUCUAUAGGUAGGGUUUUUGGCUUGCAUUUGGUAUCUCAUUCUUUUAAACCAAGUCCAGUACAGUAAUAGGGCAGUAAAAGUGUGAAGACAACAGAGAUAUCAAUCUUUCUAGGUUAUACUGAGCUUUUAUCCAGAAACAGAAUGUGGUAUAAGUUCACAGUCACAUGCCUGGCAAUAGCAAUAACUUCUACCCUGGUUGUUUCUGGCAUAUUCAUCUGCAACUCCUGGCACAUUUUGAUUUCACGAUACUCUCAUGAGGAUAUGUAAUGUUGGUUCCAUUUUAGUCUCCAUAAGUAAGAUCACAACAUGCCUCAUAAAAAUGCAUGCACACAACUUUGUUAGAAUAAAAAGUUACUUAAGACAUGAGGUUUUAUGUUUAAGGUUCCCUUUGUGCACACAAUAUUACUGCCCCAGGUAAAUUCUCAGCUUACAUUGAAGCUUUUUGGAGUCAAGGCAUGCAUGUUAAGCAAUGCUUUUACAGAUACUUAGCAGCUAUAUAUAGACUUGCUGCCUGCUAAGCAUUUCUCUAGCUGCCUAUCCAGCUGUGUUCUUGUUAUAAGCUUCCUUCUUUCCAUGGCACCUCACCUUUAGCUAGGAUUAGAAGUCAACUCUGCAUAGUUUGGUCUCUGAAAUUCUAGGAGUGAACACAGAUCUUUAAGCUCAAUGGGAACUUUUGGGCUUUUUCUGUCUGUUCAUUAGAAAAUGGUUGUAGACUUUGGCCAACAACAAACAAGAACAGAGAUAGACCCAACUAAUACAUCUGGAAAGCAGAUCAGACUUGGAUUUAAAGCUUGGGUCCAAGGGUGGGGGGUUUGGCUCAAGGUUAUUCCUGUCUGUCUCUAGAAAAGGUAUCAAAUUAAAAAGAAAGUCCCCAGAUUGUUGAAGUUCCUUCAGAAGGAACUCUGGGCAGUCAUGGGUCAAGUGUCUCUGCUGUUUUCAACAAUAAGGAAAAAAAUACUGCAAAAAAUUUAAGUAUUCUGUUUGUAAAUCAGAUUUGAUCGGAUGAUUUUUUUAAUGCUCUGAAGGAUAUUUUCUUUUAGUAAAUCUUCAUUGCAUUGAGGUCUUAGAUUAUUUAAUAAUAAAUAAAUAUACUAUGUUCAGCUAGUUCCUUUCCUCCUAGAAAACCCUUUUAAAACAUAAUUCAGAAGUCAUUGCACCCACUUCUAAAGAGCAGCCAGCUUGGGAAUGGUCUAUGGCAGCUGCGUAAUUGCAUCUGUAUCAUUUUGGUUAACAGGGGAGGAAGAUCCAUUCAUAAUAAAUCCUUUAAUAGCUUUGUAUCCUCACCUUUCUGGUUCUUGCAAACAACUUCUCCAAAGAAAUCACUUGCAACUGUGAUACAAUCUGGUAUCCCUACAACAUUCAGAAAAGUGGUCUUGUUAAAGCAGGUAACUCCCUCUCCACCACAUACCUCAACUUCUUGAGGAACUCAUUGGAUAAUUUGGGUAAAUAAACACCAUCUUCCAGGAGAAGGAGUAUUACAAAUCAAGCUGUAUGUAACACAGCUUGAUGUCAGUAGUAGCUCUGAUAGCCUUUCCAAAAGAGCCCCCUGCCAAGAAACAAAAGGCCUCACAGAGUGCUAAUGUCUUUUCAUUCCAGCCUGCUUCUGACUAUCUCCUUAAGCAACAAAUCAUGAAGAUUAAAUAUCACAUAGUCUGCAGAUGCUCUUUUAAACAUCAUGCUGUUAAUAACAGAUCAUACAGAUUAAACAUGAUGCUAUCAAGUCUAUUCCACAGAGAGAGGUGCAGGGGCUGUUUUCCAGGUAUAACAUUGACCUUGUCUCAUUAUUCAUCUGGUCAAUAAGUAAGCAGAAUAAGGAUAACAUGCUAAAGGUGAUUCUUUUUGGUGUGAGAAUCAUACUACCAUGCCUUUCAUAAAAUCCUUAGAAGGAACAUUCAGUAUACUGAAAUUAGUCAUGCGCAUGAAUGACAGUCAUCUAAGCAUCAAGUUUCCAUUAAUAGCAAUAGGUGACAUGCACUCAGGGCUCAAUUCUGGUCCUGUACAAGCCAGUAGGAAAAAUCCUAUUGCCUUUGGUGGUGCACAGUCUAGCUCUUCACUCUGAAAAUGUACCAAUUCAUCGCAUCUUUGAUCAAGUUUUGUGUGUGCUAUUGCUAGGCCAGGGAGCCUGAUUCUGAAGCCUAGAUCUUCAUUUAGUGUCAGGAGGGUUUUUUGUACGGACUGUGUGGUAGAGCACCUUUGGUGCCUGCCACUUUAAGGACUGAGAACAGCCAGCAGCUGUAGGCCAGCCUUGAUGAGGCAGUCACAGGACUGCAGGAGAGCCCUGUGAUUGGCUGUGAGGAGAGGCCUGAGCGACCUCCAUUUUAGCUCAGGCCCUCAGGGCUGAAGCAGCAGUCUGUUGCUGGCAGCUGGAAGAACAUCACCCAGCUGAGCUGCUGCGCAGAACAUCCUCGGAGGCAAGGGCAGGAGUUAUGGGGAUGGCAGGAGGCUCCUGGUCCUGGGUAUGACUUAAAACUACACCUUGCUGGGGAAGGAUGGUCUGGUGGGACUACCUGUGGCGAGGCAGUUCCCCAGAAAUGCCAGGCCAGGCACAUCUGUGGACACCUGAAUGCCAUGGGGUCCCAGAGGUGCCGAUGAGGGGGCAGAGAAGUAUAGUGGCCCCAGUGAGGGGGCAGAAGUAUGUAAAGUAUGUGUGGUAGCCUGCAUGGAGUUGGGUCCGCCAUUGUGGCCUGAAGGACUAUGCGUAAGAAGGUAUAGAGUAGGGUUGUGAGGCAAUCUGAAGGGCUGCACCGGGGAUGUAUUGAGUAGGGCUGCAGGGGUGGUCUGAAGAGCAGCACACGGGCCAACCCCUAUAAAAGUGUAGAUGUGAGAGAAUUGCCCACCAAGGGACUGGGGCAGAGUUGGCCUAGUGUGAGGCACAAGGUCUGCCACGUACAGUAGGGUUGCUCGACCAGCCUAAAGGGCUGUGUGUGGACUGACCACAAUGAGAGUAGUUAAGUUUGAUGGCCUGAGGGGGCCACUCAUGAAGCAGGGCAGGUUGAGAGUGGCCCAGCGAGGGGCAGUUGAAAGAGGCCCUGUGAGAGGGGAUGGUAUGCAAGAGACCCUGUGAAAGGCAGUGUGUGAGUUGUAUGUUAGAGGUCCUACAAGCAGCAGAGUUUGGCCCAGCCCUGCGCCGGUGCUAUAACCAACAUGAUGCCAUCUGCAAGGCAUGGGACACAGUGUAGGGACAGUAUGGAGUUGUGUAUAACACCCUUGGCAUUGGGCACUGAAUGGGCAGCCUCCCACAUUCUUACACCAGUUAUAUAUACAGCAAGUCGUGGCAAGCGAGACAGGGCAGACUGCCCCAGAGACAGGUGGGCGGGCCGAAGAUGAGACCUGGCCCUGAGUUGUCCUCCUGUCACAGACGGAUUCAGGGUAUUUGCUUUAAGGGCUUGUGGGCAACGCAGGGAGUUUAGUUUAGUGGAAAUCAGGAGAAAUGUAGAGUGCAUGGUUGGAGCAUAGAUUCAUAGAUUGUUAGGGGCUGGAAGGGACCUUGCAGAUCAUCAGGUCCAGCCCUCCUGCUCUAGGCAGGAAGACAGCUGGGGUUAGGUGACUCCAGCGAGGUGACUGUCCUGUCUCCGCUUGAAAACCUCCAGAGUAGGUGACUGCACUACCUCUGGAGGGAGUUUAUUCCACAGUCUGGACACCUUGACUGUGAAGGAGUUUUCCUGGUAUUAAGCCUGAAGCGACCUUCCGGGAGUUUAUAUCCAUUGGUCCUGGUCUUCCCCGGUGGUGCCCCAGUGAACAGUUGUUCACUGAGCUCCUGAUGCACUCCUCUGAUAUAGCGGUAAGCCACUAUCAAGCCCCAUCUUAACCUUCUUUUCUUUAGGCUAAAGAGGCCAAAGUCCCUCAGCCUAUCCUCGUAUGGCUUGCCUUGCAAGUUCCUGAUCAUACGGGUGGCUCUUUUCUCAAGUUUCUCAGUGUCCUUACUGAAGUGCAGUGCCCAGAACUGGCCACAGUAUUCAAACUGCAAUCUCACCAGUGCUGAGUACAGUGGGAAUUAUCACUUCCUUGGUUUUACAUAAGAUGCAGAGAACUUCACUUCUGUUUCUAGUUAUAUGACCAUGGCCAAGUCACUGAGGCCAGAUGUUUUAAAUUUGUGCAUCUAAAGUUAGACACAAAUCUAUGUUUAGACCCCUUCUUAAGGCUGUGAUUUAGCAAAGCACUGAAGGUUAGGCUUAAAAUUAAGCAUGCAUUUAAAAUAUUUUCCUUCCUGAUAAGAGACAUCCCUGGCUGAAAGCCUUAGAUUUUCAGAGUUGCAAAGCACCUGCUGCUGUCAUUGAUUUUGUAAAUUUGGAUCUGGCCAUAUUUCCAAAAAAAUCCUAGCUUUAGGCUGCUUACAGACAUGGAAAAAACAAACAAACAGCGCUUUAAGCUCAGUACACCCUGUAUAGAUCAGGGACCCUGCAUCUGUAUAGAUUGGGGGCCUUCAGCAGCACUUUUUAGCUAUUAGAUAAAAGCUAUAGCUAUUAGAUAAAAGCCAAAAAGCCCCACUGAAGUGCCUGAUCUAGACAGGCUGCAGAGCCAGAUCUAACUAACGUGCUGCCUCUUCUGGUAAAGCUCUGGGUUGUUGUUUUUUUUCAUGUCUGUCACUGCCCUUGGUGUCUCUGUGUCUGUUUGCUCAUUACAAAUUAGUACAAUAUCGCCCUUGCAAGAGGAGCUGUAUAGCUGUAAGUUUUAAAGCACUCUGAUUCUUGGAAUUGAAAUGAUGCGAGUGGACAAAGUAACAUUGGAAACUUUUAGAUAAUUGAUAAGAGGAUAGUUUUCAAGCCCUAGCUCAAUCAGACACAAAUUUGAUUACAAGAAAACUUGUAAUCAAACAAAUUUUAAACAAUGCAGCCCUUGCCAGGUUGAUUAUGUUGAUCAGCGCAGAGGUAUAGGACGCGCAAGCUAUGCUUCUAUAUCUUUGAACAGUCCCAUUCCAUUUGAAAUGUUCUAGAUAAUUUUUGAUGGAUUGAGCUCUAAAGCAUAUUUUAAAGGAAUUUCUAGAAUGUAAAUGUAUCAUGUCUGUAGAAUCUUACUGGAAGCUUCAAAGUUCAGCCAACACAAUUUUAAAAAUGAAGUAUCUUGUACUCUGGUAAUUAUUUGAUCUAUAUUUGAUAUAAAGUUGUAAAAAUACAUUUAAGAGGCACUGUAUACUUCUGUUAUUGUUAUACACUUUGUAGUCAUUGUGAAUCAUGAGAAAAUUAACAUCAAAUGAGUUCUUUGCAAUUAAAACGUAUUUCUAGCCCCACCAAAACUGUAAGCAUGAGUCAGAGGAAUACUUAAUGAACUGUAAGCUUAAACAACAUGGUGGAUGAUUAUGCAAAACUGUGCAUAACUUUUUUAAUAGGUACAUCUCAGCAUUUCUUCUGCAAUAUAACUUGUUUGGAAGGUUGCAAUAAGUGCUAACCUAUUCUUUCCCCUAAGAAUUUAUUUGUGGAGCUGAAUUUUUCUCUGCAUUGGUACAAAUACAGGUACUACUGUCAUCUACGGAAAUAUCAAUUCAAAAUAAUUUAGUAAUACUGUGUUUAUCCAAGCUUUGUAUGGAUGUGACUAACGCAUCCAUUGAGUGUCCCAUUGUCAUCAGAAGGGCUCUACUCAAGCAUGUGGACUCCCUGCAUUUCAAUUUAGGGGACAAGGUUUUAAAGAGAUGCCUUGAGCACUUGUGACCUUUCAUAAGUGAGCAUAAAAAAGUGUAAACUAAUAGCACAUUAAUCAGUUGUGCCAGCUUUAAGGAUUUAGGGCCCAGUUCUGCUAAGAUUCAACUUCCAAUGAGGCUAAACACUGAUGCUCAGUACCUUGCAGAUCAGGUGACUUUAAGUAAAUUGAAGCAUGCUGGCUGGAAAGACACCCAAGUGUAGGUGCCAUGUAAGAGCCAGAUUCAAUAGAUAUUGAGUCUCACAAACUCUCCCAUUCGUGUCCUAAUGUGGAAGAUAUGUAUCUGCGUAAGACCUAUAGGAUCAGAACCUUUGUCUUUCAAGAACGGUAACAGGUGCUUUCUCCUUCUUCAAAGUCAAAUAGGGACAGUAGAUACAAAUAAUGUAAAAACGGUGUUCAGGUGUCACAGUUGAAAUGUGUGUGGACACUUCUAGAUGUUCAGGUAAUGGUGUGAUAGGAACUGAUGCACGACUGUGGGAUUCAGUAUUAGAUCCCACCUUAUUGCUGGUGCAGGGGGAGCCCAGAAUGGUGAUCCUGGGCUCCCCCUGCACUGGUAGGUAGCAAACUCCCUCAUCUGCAAAUCUUGUAGCUGAUGGGACUCCCAGCCGGGCAGUGGGUAGUGCGCCCCAGCCGCAGGGGCCACAAGGGAAUAGCUGCGUUGCUACACAUGCAAAUUAAAGCUGGAUAGAAACCACCCAAAAAGUUAUUACACAUUUUCCAGCUCUAAUUUUAUAGCUGCAUGGACCGUUUCAUAGUGUGAUAGUUACUUUGCCAUGUGUAACCAGUCUAAAUUAAAUUGCACAAUUAACCAGUUAAUUGCAUAAUACAUGUAAUAUAUAGAGGUGGCCUGUGUUUGUUAAAACCCCAAACAUACAUGCAGGCAGCCUGCUACAGGAGCAUUGUCCUGUGGUCAGCACUUUUGCUUCCUAAUUGGGUUAAGUUUUAAGAUGAUGAUCUGGACUAAGGAACCUUCAUUUUAGCAUUUCCUGAUGUAGUGCUAUGCUUGCAAAGCAAAUAAAGAACUUUUUUUUUACUUCAAGUAGAAGUAUAAUGCAUUGGUAAGGAUGCUGCUUUCAUGUUCCUUAACAUUUUAAUCAUAAGUCACAUUACACUAUAUUUUUUUUCUUUAAACAGCACAAAACUACCAAAGCUUAUGCAGGGAAGGGGUGGAGGGUGGGGAAUGGUAGAUACACAUUGAAAAUGUUACGUCAAAAUGUAUGUUCAGAAUGGGAUGACCUGUUCAAUCUAUUAAUACCUAGAGCAUGUAUCUAUGGAUUGCUUCAGCAAACAGAAAGAGAACCAAUCCAGCAUGGGGCAAAAUGGAACUGCGGGUGUGUUCAAAGACUUUGAGUGACCCCCUUUCCUCUCAAGAGUUACACCAUGUCUGCUUCUUGGGUUAGCCUAACUAAAAUUGCAAAUCAGUGCAUUAUUUUUUUACUCUGAAAAUAUUUCUUCCACUGAAGGAGAAUUUCUUCUAUAUCCUUUCCAGGCAGUGUUUAUGGUAACAGAAAAUGAGAAUUGCACACUAUUUUCUUUCUUUGAAGGAAAUGCCGGGCUUAUAGAAGCAGUAAUUAAGGGUAAUUUCAUAUCCUGUAAGUGGUUAUUAUGCUUCUACGUAAGAAGGAAAUAAGGCGGCAAGGUGAGUAUUUGUGGUUUUACUGAUGGAGGAAUGGGAAUCAUUUGUUUUAUCUCAUCAGAAAUAUGAAAGCAUGCCAGUCAAACAAAGGCCAGAUCCAAAUAGGCUGGUUCCGGUUCAGUGGCCUCAAUUUAGCGAGCCCUUUGAGGCAAAGAACAUCUUCCUGCUCUGUGUUUGUGUGGCACUUGGCAUGAGGCAGUCCUGAAACCUGACUUCCUAUGGCAUCAGGGACCGCUACAGGUAAAUAAUAUAUUGUAAGACAUCACUAAGUGUGAGUCUCAGCCUAACCACUAUUUUUGUGCUGCUCUUCCUUAGGAAUAAGUUUAGCAGUUGCACUUUAGCAAGGAAUAGCACAGAAACUUUAUUCAACCAAACCCUUUUAUUUCCAUAUUUAAUGGAGGUGCCUUCAGCUUUUUUUCCCUCCUUUGUUCCUCUCCUAUUAGUCUUAAGUCACAGUUUCAGUGGCUUAGCUCUAUCAAGUUCUUCUUACUUACAAAAUGCAGAAGUAUUAUUUAGCAGUCUCAAGUUUAAAUUUGAAUAUGUUAAGUGCCAGGUUGCUGGAAAGAUUAAAAAGGGACUUCCAUGCUGUAAGUAAUGGAUGGACGUACGUCCAUUCUCAAUAGCUGGCCCUGCCUCUGGCAAAUUAUUUAGAAAGAUGCGUAUUUAAAUGAGAUUUUGUUGCUUUACCAUCAAAUAAGCUCUAUGAAAGUUGUUAGAAUAUAUGUCCCUCAGCUCACUUUCCUUGGAGAUUCUUGUAAAUAAGUUAACAAGUGUGUUUUGCAAAGUGUCAACUGUAUCCUUUAAGAACAACGCUUAUUUUCUGCUUGCUAGAUUAUCAACACAAUAUAUAAAUUCCUCCUUUGGUUUCUUUGUGGGAUCCCAACGCUCAGACUGUAUUAAACCCAUGUAACUUAUUCCAUGUAGAUAAUUAAGGACAUUAUUUGCCCAUAUCUGUUCUAGAGGUACUUGCAUUUGUAAUACUUGCAUCUUGAAUAGUAGUCUGAGUUUGUGACUGCUUGGAUUGAGAAGGAAGAAUGUAUUUAAAAGACACUAAAGAAUAGGAAGCUUGUUCAUACCUGUUUGAAAAUGCUUCUGGAUGCUUUUCUGAUCAGUGCUCUACACUGAAUAUUUGCACUUACUGUCAAUGCUUAUUUUUGGUAACGGGAAGGGGAAAGAGAUAAAAUAUUCUUUGUGUAUAGUUGAUGCAAAUAGCAAAAAGAGUUUGUUUUUGGAAACUGCUACUUUGUAAUAAAAAUAGUAUGCAAUAGUAAACAGCUUAAAAUUAUUUUAUAAAACCUCCAAUUUUGAAAUAAACUGACAGAUUUUCAGCAUAAA